AUGCCCCUCACACUCGACUUCAGCGGCAAGCUCGUGCUCGUCACCGGCGGCGGGCGCGGGAUCGGGUGGGCGAUCACCUCUGCCCUGGCGCGGGCCGGCGCCGACGUCGCCAUCACGUACACCUCGACCGAUCCCUCGGAGAAGGCAGCAGCGCUCUCAUCGCAGUGCGGUGUGCAGAUCAAAGCGUUCAAGUGCGAAGUGACGCGGAGCGCCGAGGUCGACGCGGCCGUCGACGCCGUCGAGCGCUCCUACGGGAGGAGUAUCGACAUCGGGAUCGCCAACGCGGGUGUCGCGCUCUGGAAGGGCGCGCACGAGAACACAGACGACGAGUUCAAGCACAUCUUUGACGUGAACACGUUUGGGCCAUACUACCUCGCGCGCGCUUUGGUGCGGGCCUGGCUCGGCCUCCCUGUCGGCCUGGAUCCCAGCUCUGGCUCCAGUGACAUCUCCGCCCCGCGAAAACUCGGGAAGCAGAUCCUCUUCGUGAGCUCCAUCUCGGCGCUGGUCGCGAUGGCGCCACAGAAGCAGGCGGCGUACAAUGCCUCCAAGGGCGCUGUCACUAUGCUCGCCAAGAGUCUCGCCGGCGAAUGGGCCCACCUCGGUAUCACGGUCAACAGCGUCAGCCCUGGAUAUGUCGAGACGGAUAUGAUUGCGAACCCGCCCGAGGACUGUCGGGACUGGGUGCGCGAGUGGGAGAGACGCACGCCGACGGGCACGUUUGCGACGCCGGACCAGAUUGGAGAGUUUGUCGCUUGUCUCGUGUCUGGGCGGAUGGGAGGGAUGGGAUUCAUGACUGGCAGCGACGUCGUGGUCGAUGGAGGAUACACUAUCUUCUAA